GCAGUUCCGAUUUGUGGGCGUGGACGGAUAAAGAAGAAAGUUGCUCUGAUUAGGGGAAAAAGGGACUUAGUGGGUGAGAGGGGGGGGGGGAGAGAGGAGGAGAGGAGGAAGGGGAGAACCAGUAGGAGGAUGUAGAACGGAAGGGGAGGAUAGGAGAGGAGCUAUUUGGGGCAAACAGCCCCAAAGAACAAUGAUUCAUGAGAAACGGAAGAAAGUAGAGCUUAAGAAUGGACUAGUUGGGAGGACGGAAAGGGAAGAAGGGGAGGAGGAGGAGGAGGAGGAGGAGGAGGAGGAAGAGAUGGAGGAGGAGAAGGAAGGGGAGGAGGAGGAGGAGGAGGAAGAGAUGGAGGAGGAGAAGGAAGGAGAGGAGGAGGAGGAGGAGGAAGAGAUGGAGGAGAAGAAGGGAGGAGGAGGAGGAGGAGGAGGAGGAGGAGGAGGAGGAGGAGGAGAAGGAGUCGCUGGCGUGGGGCUCAUCUAUGGCGCUCAGUCGCACGACGUGUGGAAGCAUUCCGUCGAUUCACAUCUUCCUGACGCGAGGACUUUCUCUACCCAUCCGUAUCGUCAUCGGUGUGUCCCUCAGUGCACAACCACAGAAAACCAUGUCGCCGCAUCUUUGCGUCAUUGGCCUCAAUGGGGUCUCUCUGGUGCAGGUUCAUAUGCAGGUGAACCUGCGAGUGGGAGGUGUAUUUGUCGAACCGGUUUCCUAGACGGAGUUGGUGUGAGACGGACUUCCAGCUCGCCCGUCGCAGCAAGGUUGAUGAAGAACCGGAAAGUGCGUAAUCUGUCUCGCAAGUCGUUCCCUUUGAAUCCAUUGGCCUAUCAUCGACAACUACUCUUGUUCAGAGAUCAAUUGUCGAAGCAACGGCCUGAAUGCGCACAGAAACUGUCCGCUACAAGGUCGAGCAUUCUUCAUACGGCAGCAUGGUUCGACGACGUGGCAUGGCCGUUCUCUAGUCCACAUACUGGUGUGGAUUCAUCGGCGCUCGCUUGCCAGCGGAAGAGUCGUCAUGGACAAGGAAAAGACGGUUGCUACGGCAGCCGAGGGAGACGUUGCUGCGAGGCCGUAGCAGUGGGUUUGCGGGGAAGAGGAGGAGGGGACAGGAAGACGCAGUCGUCGUGCAUCAGGGCAUCGUUGGCUUUCAGGGAUGAUGACAUGGUUGCUGACGGUUCUGGAGAGGGGAACAGGGAGGCAGAGAAUGCGACGAGCGGAGCUGUUGAGCACUCUGACUAUCGUGCUUCCGAUUCAACUGUCGUUUCGGAGGACACGGGUCCUGUCCUUCAAAGCGAAGAGAAUGUGCGUGCCCAUCGCUUUCCCUCUAUCGGAUGGCUGACCGAGGCCUUGGCAUCUCGCCGGGAGAAAGCCAAAAGAUUGCAGAUCCAGAUUCAAGAACUCGGGCUUGCGGGGGUUCUCUCGUACGGCUUGUUUAAUACGCUAUACUACCUGGCGACCUUCCUAUUUGUGUGGUUCUACGUGGCCCCUUCUCCGGGGCGCCUAGGAUACUCCGAAGCCGCAAAGAGAUUCAUCAAGGUCUUUGCGAUGGUCUGGGCGGGAAGUCAAGUCACGAAGCUAGCAAGAGCAGGAGCUGCACUUUUGCUUGCUCCUCUUGUUCAGCAGGGUCUUGAAAGAUUCUGUCGGCACUGGAAACUCAAGUCCCAUGCGCAGGGGUUCACUAUAAUAGUUGCAGGGUGUUUUCUCUUAGCCCUUAUUGUUUUCCUCAUCAUUGUUGGGUUAUGGGCAUGAGAAAUGAAGGCUUAGCACUGCC